AUGAUACUAUCAUCGUCUCCUUCUCUUAUCGCUACACCCAUUAUUCCACCACAAAACCACCCAUCUCUCGAUCUCCUCUCCAAAUGCAAAAACAUGGAAGAAUUCAAACAAAUUCAUGCUCAAAUGAUCAAAAAUGGUCUCCACAAAACCCAGUUUGCUCUAAGCAAGAUUCUCCAUUUUUGUGCCAUCAACACUUUUGGUGACCUUUCAUACGCCCUUUCAGUAUUCGACACCAUUGACGAUGACGAACCUCCUGAUCAAAUCAUGUGGAACACAAUUAUCAGAGGUUACUCAUUAAAUUCAUCCCCAUAUUCCGCAAUUGAUUUCUAUAGGUUCAUGCUUUUAUCCGGUGUUAAACCAAAUUCUUAUACUUUUCCUUCUCUUUUUAAAUCUUGUGCAAGAAUCGACGGGACAAACGAGGGGAAACAGAUUCAUGGACAUGUUUUGAAGCUUGGGCUUGGUUGCGAUGUGUUUAUCCAUACCUCCAUGAUCAAUUUUUAUGCUCAAAGUGGAGAAUUGGAGGAUGGAAGGUUAGUGUUUGAUAAAAGUCCUCUGAGAGAUGUUGUUUCUUUUACAGCCUUAAUUACUGGUUACACGAGUCAAGGGCGUUUGGAAGAUGCCCGCAAACUGUUUGAUGAAAUGCCUGUUAGAGAUGUAGUAUCAUGGAAUUCAAUUAUAGCUGGGUAUGCCAGAAGCCAGCGGUUCAAAGAAGCAAUAGAUAUCUUUAAAGAGAUGCAAUUGGCAAAGAUCAAACCAGAUGAGAGCACAUUAGUAACAGUUCUUUCUGCUUGUGCUCAAUCGGGCUGUCUUACGACAGGCAAACGAAUCAGGAAUCUGAUUAUAGAUCGUGGGCUUGAUUCAAACCUCCGGCUUGUUAACGCCCUUAUCGAUAUGUACUCAAAAUGCAGCGAGUUAGCCGAAGCUAGAAGUCUAUUUGAUAGCAUGAGUAACAAGAAUAUAGUCUCGUGGAACGUUAUGAUUGGCGGGUAUACACAUAAGCACCAUUAUAGAGAAUCAUUGGACCUCUUUAGGACGAUGCUGCAAUCAAACUACGAACCUAAUGAAGUCACAUUGCUAAGCGCUCUACCGGCUUGUGCUCACAUGGGUGCUCUUGAUUUUGGCAAAUGGAUCCAUGCUUAUAUCGACAAGAACUUUCCGGAGUCAUCUAACACCUCUCUUUCCACUAGUCUUAUUGAUAUGUAUGCCAAGUGUGGAGAUAUAGAAGCUGCAAAAACAGUCUUUGAGAGUGUGAAACUCAAAAGUUUGGCUUCAUGGAAUGCAAUGAUUUCAGGGUUAGCCAUGCAUCGGCGAGCCCACGAAGCCAUUGGACUUCUUGAGAAAAUGGUCAAUGAAGGACUCGAACCAGAUGAUAUAACCUUUGUCGGUGUUUUAUCAGCGUGUAGCCAUGCUGGUCUGGUUAACCAUGGUCGCCGAUACUUUAUCUCAAUGAUCCAAGAUUUCAAGAUUUCACCUAAGCUACAACACUACGGAUGUGUGAUUGAUCUUCUAGCCCGAGCCGGUUUGUUUGAAGAAGCUAUGACCAUGAUCAAGAACAUGGAGGUGAACCCAGAUGGUGCCAUCUGGGGUUCGCUUCUUGGGGCUUGUACAUUUUACCAAAACGUUCCAUUGGGUGAAUAUUUCGCUAAAAAAGUUCUUGAAUUGGAUCCCGGAAACUCUGGAGCUCAAAUGCUUUUAUCAAAUCUUUACGCUGCUGCUCGUAGAUGGGAUGACGUUGCCCGAAUCAGAACAAAGUUUAAAGAUGACGGAUCAAAGAAAAUCCCGGGUUGUACUUCAAUUGAAAUAGAUGGUGUCGUUCACGAGUUUCUUGUUAGUGAUAGAACACAUCCCAUGAGCAAACAGAUCUACGAAAUGCUGGAAGAAACUAAUCGGCUUCUUCAUGAUUCUGGGCACGUUCCUGACAACUCUUUGGUGCUUUAUGAUAUAUCCGAUGAAUGGAAAGAAGAGAUAUUGUGUCAACACAGCGAGCGUUUAGCAAUCGCAUUUGGGUUGAUUAGUACAAAGCCAGGGACAACGAUUAGAAUCAUGAAGAAUCUGCGCGUUUGUAGCAACUGUCAUUCUGCUACGAAGUUGAUCUCCAAGAUUUUCGAUAGGGAAAUCAUUGCUAGGGACCAGAAUCGGUUCCACCAUUUCAAAAACGGGGCUUGCUCUUGCUUGGAUUGUUGGUGAAAACGUUUUUGAGAUCUCGAAGAGAUCGCCAUUUGGAUUCGAAAGGUAUGAAAUCUAUCAUCAGUUUCUUUAGCACAGUAAACAGAUUCACUUGAUUUAGGUUGUUAAAUUAUGUCCCGGAAUGUGUUUCGACAAUACUUUACACGAGUCGGAAUGUAAAUACACUUAGAGCAACUCGAACCGAGAGUUGCUUACGAGUAAUGUACAAGUAUUUAAUGCAAAAAAUACGUUGUCGCCUGUAUACCCUUGUUUGAACCAAGUUCGGUACGCUGACGGUACUAGAUGGACGAGAGUGAGGUAGGCGAACGAAAGAAUUAUGAGUAGUACAAAAGGUUGAUUUAUGGUUAAAUGGCAACCAUGAUUUGUUGAGGGGGUUCUAGGUACAAGUUAUGAUUGUAUGGGGUGCUAUUUG